AUGGGCCGUGGCUGUGCAUUGGACGAAUGGACGCACUUUCAAAAGUUGCCCGAUGAAGGUAAAGUGCCUAAUUCGUUCUAUUGGUACGUCUUGUGUCGUCAUUGUGUGGCCGGAUACGAGCGAAAGCAACUUCUGGAUGCCCCCAUUAAACUUACCGGUCGACGCUCGGCUAUGCGUGCGCACCUGAAGAUCUGCCCCAUUUACGCCAAGCAAUCCAAAAUUGAUCAGGAGGCAAUCGUCGCUGACAAGAGAGUGAAUAUCGCCGCUGAAUCAAUCGCAGCGGGUGAUACCACUACGAUGACGACCAUGGCUGUCACGAUGGUGGGCGAGAAGCGCAAGCGCAAAGCCGAUGAAAAGACUCAUGAAUCCCGUGGCGGCCGAGUCAAGCUCUGUAUGAUGGAAGAAUGGAAGCAUUUUACGCGUUUACAGGAGGAAGGCUACAUUGGCAAGUCUAAUUUCUUCUAUGCUGUGUGCGUGCAUUGUCGACGAGCUUACGAGGAGGCAAAAGAGGAAGAGAAGACACUUCUUGUACCAGAAAAAAUUGUUGGCCGACGUGAAAAGAUGCGCAAACAUCUAUCGGUAUGCCCCAAUUAUAAAGGAGAUUUGCCUCCACUAGAACAUCAACUCUACAUACGUGGCAGCGGCAGCGCUGUGCUAAGUACGCUGGCUGCUGGUUAUGCAUCUUGUCUAGGAACAACAAUCGAGUCUUCUUUUUCAUCUGCGAGAGAUUCGCUGGUUUCGGGAGCUGGUCAAGUUUCUACGACUGCAAUGAUGUGGUCGUCGCGACUGGCACUAGAUGAAUGGCACUUCUUUACUCGCCUUGAGCGCAAGAGGAACAGUGCAUAUUAUUACGCGCGUUGCAAUUUCUGCCAACACGCUUACGAAAGUGCUCCAGCGAACCUAAAGACAUCACUGGAGCCAGCCAUUGUCAUGGGUCGUAAGAGUAACAUGCACACUCAUUUGUCUAAGUGCCGCCAUGUACCUAAAAACGACACUUUGGUCAUGGCAAAGAUCCAUGCAGCUAGACACAACCUAAAACUUGGUGACUUGACUGCAUCCACUACUGCCAUAUCAUUGGAGUCGUCUGAGGCUAAGCCUGUGGAUAAAUACGUAAUAAGCUCAUCGCUGGACAGCUUAUCUAUUCAAUGCGCUCUACUGCAAUUUGUCAGCGAACAUCAUUUGCCUUUUGAGUGGGUGGAAAGUGGUAGCGCAAAACAGUUGUUUCGCGCAUUGAUGCCAAAGUCUCACGCUAUGAUGAAGCUUAUACCAAGCGCGAUCGACUUGCGCUCACGCGUUCUAAAUGGAGUAUACAAUUCAAUGCUUCAGAGUGAAAUGUUAAAGCUUCAAGAGGUCAUUCCGCAUGAAGUGACAGAAUCUGCCUUUUCUGCCGAUGCCGUCGAUAUGCUUACAGUCGAGCCGUCGGGAUCGUGGCCACUUAUGAUGCACUGCAUCCUGAAUUCCUGCCACCAAACUAUUAAUAUGCAAUCUCUGGCAUUCGAUGGUGUCAUCACAAACGGCAGGGCAUUCGUACCGCUUUCGUUUAUUCAAGCACAACAACCGGAAUCUGACAUCAAAUCUGAUCUAGCUCACUCCCAUGAACUUAAGGUUGCUCGUUGGCUAGACAAACAUAUUCGACUUUGCAUUGAUUCAUCGAAGCUGGUGAUUGCGGCUUUAUCGCUGCCGUACAAUGCAAUCACUCAGCGAGCGGUCAGAGUAUUGCACACAACUUCGCUCAGGUCUCACACUGUUUUCCUUUUCGACAUAGACGGCAUGCUAAGGUAUCCGCUACUCAAACUCCUGGCGACUACAGAAAUGCUUGCAGCCGUAUCGUCACUUAUUGAGUUGUGGCAACUAGAAGCCAUUCGAUCGCGUGUGAUGAAGCGACUGUCAGAAUUGGACGACGAAGCUCGAACAGAUCCGUUUCGUAAUUGGGAGUCAUGUGCAUCACUGAUCCAGGUGUUACUGGACGAAAAAACGUUUGGGACGAUUAUGAAAGAUGGGGCUACGAGUGUGAAAAAGGUAAUCGAGCAUGCAUUAAAGCGAUCGCCUUUAGAGCGUUUGUAUAAUCUUCUUCACGUCUUCUUGAACAUAUUUUCUCGAUGUCGAGCUGGUAUGCCACUCACAGAAACUUUGAAUCAAUUAAAUGCGUUGUUCACUGCUGCUGAAGGAUUCUCCACCGUGCAGCUUGCGCUAGAAGUAGUGUGGGAGCAAAUGGAGCAGCCUCUCUAUGUUCUGGCGCAUGUGCUUAACCCACAGUUGCGAUCGCGCGACCUCAAAACCUCAGACAUGACAAAGAUCAGCAACUUAACUGAUUUCAGCGUCUCGUACUUUGAGUCCUUUUUCGGGCGUAAACCAAAGUGCUUGCGCGGUGAAGUGUCGGCGUACCUUCAUACAUCACAGCGAGUAUUUAAAAAUGACUUUGUUGCCGAAUUUUCUGCUGUUGACGAUUAUUUCCGCUAUUUAGGUGGCAAUCACGCGUCGCUAUCACUAUUAAUGACUGUAUUGCAUUCGUUCACGUCGAUAUCGAGAGGAAGUCGUUUUUUUCAGCAAGACACUGAUGAAAUUGUCGAUAGUAUUUACACUCCUAAUGAGCAUCAUAAGCUCAGCUAUCUGAAUCGGCAGUGGGGAAUUGCGUCUAAUAACAUCUUGAACCCGAAAAGAGCGGCAUAUAGUCGAAGCACCACGCACAACGACCACAGCGGGACUGCCAUGCUUAAUGCUGAAGCUGUCGUGAUUGAGUGGAAAGGUGCACUGGAAUCCAAGCUGCGCGUUCGAGGUGUCGCAUUUUCUCAUUUGGAUGACAAGCAUGAUAGUAUUGACGAUAUGAGUAUGGCAAAUAAUGGUGCUCAACACGGAGUCGCAGUGCCCGAUCGAGGCGAUUGCGACAGACUUGGCACAUUUAAACAAGACGAUGAGCUGGUUUGUCCUUUAGCUACAGUAAGAACCGAGUACAUGAUGAAAGUACCGCUUAAAGAUCUAUUCAAAACAGCCGAGGCUACGAUUUAG